AUGUCUUGUACUGAAGAAUCCAGUGAUUACUGGGAUUAUGACGAUCCAUCUGCAUGGUCAAAACAUUUUCCAUCUGCUGCAGGAUUAUGUCAGUCUCCAAUCAAUAUAAUCUCAAAUGAUACUGCCCUAGAAUCAUAUCCAUUACUGAUAUUUUCUUCAAAAUAUAAUUCAAAUGAAUUAUUUACAUUGACAAACAAUGGUCACCAAGUUGCUGUUACAUUAGCUCAACAUACUUAUGGACAGAACGAAAACGAUUUAUGGUUUACUGGUGGUGGUUUAACAGGACAAUUUUAUUUCGUUAAUUUUCAUUUACAUUGGGGAAGAAAUGAUCGACAUGGAUCCGAACAUGAAAUUGAUGGAGAAAGAUUUCCUGCUGAAGCACAUUUUGUUUUUAAGAAUCAACAGAAUGGACAAUUAGCUGUAUUUGCAUUUCACUUUAUCAUUGCUGAUCAAUGGGAUGAUGAAAAUACUGAAUGGGAAAAGUAUACAGAUGCUGCAAGUCAAUUACUUAAUCAAAUGAGAGAGAAUUUUUUUCGUUAUACUGGUAGUUUAACAACACCACCUUGCACCGAAGGUGUUGUAUGGACAGUAUUCAUGGAUAAAAUUCCAAUUGCUGAACAAAGUUUAAAUCAACUUCGUCAGAAUAUUACGAAGAAAGUUUAUCGACCAGUUCAAUCAAUUAAUAAUCGAACAAUUUCUAGAAAUUCUUUAGACUAA